GCGUCGGGGGCUGGUUCCAGAGGGGGAGAAGUAAAGGCACCGGAGCAGACCUCGGGCACACGGCGGGCUCUAGCGCGGUUCCAGCUUGUGUUUCGCGGCUGUUUCCAAAUGGCUACGACCGCGGAGGACCAGCGGGAACUUUCCACGCAUCACGGCUGCCACCACCUCAACAGCAACAACAAUAAUAACAACAACAAUAAUAACAAAGACAGUGAGGCAGCGGGAGACAGCGGCACUUCGCCCACCGCCAGCAGCGCCACGGAGCCCAGCGGCGCCACGUCCCAGAGCAACGGCUCGGUCAUCCACCCCGGCGGCGGGAACAGCGGCAAGUGGGUCCGUCUCAAUGUCGGCGGCACCGUGUUCCUCACUACGAGACAAACGCUCCUCAAAGAACAGACGUCGUUCCUGUACCGGCUGUGUCAGCAGCAGGACCUGCACUCGGACACGGAUGAGACCGGAGCCUACGUCAUCGACAGAGACCCCACUUACUUUGGUCCCAUCUUGAACUACCUGCGACAUGGCAAGCUGGUUUACAACAAGGAACUGGCUGAAGAAGGCGUCCUGGAAGAAGCAGAGUUUUACAAUAUCACACCACUCAUCAAACUGAUCAAAGAGAGGAUCAUUGAGAGAGACUCCAAAGCUACACAGCAGGUCCCCCCUAAGCACGUGUACCGGGUGCUGCAGUGCCAGGAGGAGGAGCUGACCCAGAUGGUGUCCACCAUGUCGGACGGCUGGAAGUUUGAGCAGGUCAGCGUGCGCGCCUGCAGAAAGCCCCGCACCGGACUGCUCUGGACUAUGGUCAAUAUCGGUUCCUCAUACAGCUAUGGGACAGAAGACCAGGCAGAGUUCCUGUGUGUAGUGUCCAAGGAGCUGCACACACCAGGGUCAGGGCUGGGCACAGAGCAGAGCCACAAAACCAAGGCGGCGGAGAUGCAGGAGGAGGAUGCGCCGAGGGAGGAUGAGGAGGAUGAGGAGGAAGAGGGAGGGAGGCAGACCACACCAAAUGAGUGGCUUAGAGAAUGAGGGGGAUCAUGUGUCUCGCUUUUCCAGAUCCACGGGUCGCGGAUGUAGGACCCCACCCAGUUACUGUACAUUUAAAUAAAUUUUUGGCUUAGUAAUCCGAAGAUAAGUCCAUCAUGUGAAGAUUUGUUGCGGAGUUUGAUAAAAUAAAAAAAGUGACCAUGCCAUGAAUCUUAGUAAACACAACCAAAGAUUUUGAACAACGCUGGUCAAAUGUAAGGAAAACUUGAGCGAUAUAAGGGACAUUGGAGGAGCUGUUGCACAGUGUUUUUGUAUACAUAUAUUCUCUGAGAACAAGGAGGCCCUGUUUAGCACCUUCCAUAAUGUUGACCACACAUCUUUAUCUGUGUUUUUAACCUAGGUCCAUCUUUAUUUUGUUGUGCAAUUUCCUUGAUUCUUAAAAGAAUUCUAGAGAAAUUGUCUACUGAUCGAACAAAUGUAAGCUACCUCUGAAUGCAGAUGUGCAACCAAUCAGAUAGUAAUGUCAACAAUGUCCCCUAUUCAUAUUUUUUGUGAAAAUUGUUGCUAAAAGAAGUAAUUUUGAAAAAGUAGUCCGUUGCUUCCCAUAACAUAAGCAGAGUAGCAGCGAGGUUACAUCCUUCUAUAUACUGAGAUUAUCCAAAACACUUGUUAUUUGAUACCGCCUGCUAAGUCUAAUAUGUAGAUAGCAUAGGAGUGGUCCCAAAUAUAUCUCAUUUCAGAUGUAUUUGUUUGGCUUUUCCCUGUAACUCUGACCACUGCGGUUAUUUGUGCCUGUGGGACUUCCCCGGUUUGUUCCUGACCCCUUGUAGAUGGAGCUGCAUCAACAGGAAAACACUGAAAUUCUCCCAGGCAAUAAGCCAAUAAUGUUAGACAAUCAGAUAGCUCCAUUAGGGCUGCGUAAUGUCAUAACAACGGCGAAGGCAAGAUAUUUUAUGCUAGGGUUUGCAAUCACAAGUGUCAAAAUGCAGAUGCUUCGUCCUGGUUUAAAGUGCGUAUGUCAGAUUUUUAUGUUUUUCUCAUUUUCAUUUAAUUUGUUGGGAUUUUAGCUACUCUAAAUAGAAAUGAUAGUUCUACACAAAUCAAGAAGGAAUUUGUGAAGACAAGUUGAAAAAUAAGUUGAAAGUUACAGGAAGUAGAGUUCAAACAUACUGAUGACAUCACUCUUGGGAGAAUUCUGUCCAAAAGUUCGGCACAGUUUUACACAACAGAUAAAAAAAAUAAAUAAAUCUGAUACUGUAAGCAUGAUUUCAACAAAAGAAUGCUGUUUUGUGUUUGCCAGAUAAUCAUUUCUGUGUACAUUAGAGGAGUUUUGUAAAGGUAAUAGUUAUGAAAUUCCCUAGUGUGAUAUCACGAUCUACAACGAGAGUACGUUUUUAAACUUAAAAAAUGGCCAAAUUGGGAAAAAAAAAAUUUGAAUGCUCAAAUCUUAAAUAUAAUGAUCUUGGCUGUGAUUUAGUAAAAUGAGAAGUCUAACCUGUCAUAGGCACUUUAAGCGAGUAUGAGUUUUUAGUUUUUUUGCAUCAAGUUAAUGACCACACAAAUAACCAACUUUAUAAUCCUAAAGACAAUUAUUAGAUUAAACAUCUGAGAAUUUUCCAUUUGGAUUUGUAAAAUAGUGCCUCACCUAGUGUUAUAAUACCCUUUCUCUCCCAUCUUAUUUCAAAACUUAAAACCUGAAUGCAACCCAUAGGCAGUUAUACUUUUUAUAUUCUAUGAAUCAUGUUUAGAACAAAAGUAGCCUCAGUGUAUCGUCCGUGUAUCUGAAAGUUUAAGUGUAUAUUUAUAUAGCAAAAGUUUUAAAAAACCCUGGUAGACGUUAUUGAACUACUGUACAACGAUCAUGUUGUUAUUUAUGCUCAACUUCAACUACAGACAAGUUUAAAGUGGAGGCAAAAGACUGACCGACCAGUUAAGCUUUCGUUUUGUUUUGAUCAUUUGGUGCCUUGAGUUUAAACAGCACAUCAAAUCUACUGUAACAUGUGAACUUCACUAACCGUGUUAUCCAGUAACGGUAACGGAGUACCACUUUAUAAAAGCUGCACCUUAAUUAGCCCUUAAUAAAGCAUCAACAGAGACCUAAUUCAAAAUAUCUUAUACAUACAUGUAUGUCUUAUUACAAAACCUGUCCUGCCCCAAUACAGAUAUAUUGUAUAAGCAGCGCCCUAUGCAUCUAAUUAUAAAGCGUUUUAUUGUCCAAGAAUCAGGAAGUGUACUGUUAGCAUGCUAGUUGUUGUUGUUAGCUUUACAGUGAUGGCAAAAGGAAUAUGUUUGGGCUAUUGCACACUGUUAAAAUGAGGGGAAAAAAACUGUUACUGAGCCUGAAUCAUUCAUAAUAAACUACUUGUUCUUUAUGGUUUAAAGUCUUUGUUCAUGCUUUAUUAAGGCUAAUUAAAGUGUAGUUAUUCUGAAGUGGUACCGGUAAUUGUAUAUAACUUCCAGUGUGUUGUGGGUCACUGUAAACACGACAAGACACACUGAGGAAUGAUCAAGCUGUUUUAUAUCAGUCUUUUUGAGAACUAUUUUUACAUGUUUUGUUGUCUAAUUUAUUGUUUUUUUGAAUGUUACUGAUAAAAUGGGUGUUAUUGUAAUUUAGUGAAUAUUUUUUCUACCUAAGGUUUUGACUGUAGCUUUGACCACUGUUUUGAUGGUUUGUAGUUCACUAAAUCAAACAGUUUUUUUUUUUUUUUGCAUGUAUUUUAUUUUGUACAUGACUUGAAUGUUUUUAUUUCAACACCAAGCUUGUUUUAUGUGUUUAAAGGACACAUAUUAUGCAUUAUUUGUGCUCUGGGAAUGAACCAUGAAAACAAAAAAAUCAAAGCUAGCUUAUAAACAGUGUAGCUGGCAUGCAAUACAAGCACAAUGUUGUAGUGAACACAAUUUGACAGUAAAAAUGUAGUGAGUAUUGCAGUGAUUUACAUAUAGACUUAAACUGCAUAGAAUUUCUACCUGUUAUGCUUCAAUCCAGGGAAGUUUUAACUGGGUGAGUAGAGCAAUUUAGCAAAUAGAGCAAAUAAAUGGGAUUAAUGAUCAAAAUACAACUCCAGGUCUGUUUUUAAGGGAAUGUUACACUAUUAAAUGUUGCAUAGUAUGUGUCUUUUAAGAUAAGAGCAUUCCCUGUUGCAAAAAAUACUGUCCUAACUUUGAACGUUUCUGCUGGUCAUUUGAACAUACAACAAAAUGUGACAGAGGAAAUGUAAAAUGUCAGAUAAACCUUUGCAGACUUCAUACACUACGUUUUGUUUUCAUUCACCUGUACUCCAUUAGGACCAAGACAAAAAACUACUACAAUGUGACUGCUCAUUUUAUACAUGAUUGUCACCAUUCUCAAUAAAACGUGGUCCUAUGGUUUCAAAA